AUGCCUUUUUGGAUUUAUUUCAAUUCUGAGCUACCAGAAAGUGACAGCGCGUCAGCAAAGGUUCAGUGUCACUUUCAGAUUCGGCACGCCAUCCGAACCAAGAUAUCUGCCGAUUUCACAUUGAAGCCUGAGGGCACCCAAGGACGCCUUGCGGCCAAGCAGGUUCAAUAUAUGGCGACUGCGUAA